GCAAAACAAAAUAAAUUUUUAGAAUGAAAGAUAAAAAUAACAAAGGAUAACUGACAUCCAUCUAAGAUUUCAUCUUAAUUUCAAUUGAUUUUGAAUGUCACUAAUGCAAUAAAUGUGUGCGUGAUAAGGAAUUUUCGUGCAUUGUGUUUGAUAUCACAUAUUGUGUUGUCAAGGAGAAACUACCCUUGAGCUCUUUGGAAUAACCGUAGCACACGGCUAGUGCGAGUGAUAAAAAACUUCCUUACCGGCAACUUUUUAUCUGCUCAGUGAUCUGCUCCGUAAGUUCUUUGCGUGUAUCAUUUAGAAAUUCAUGAGUUCAAGAUAAAGCAAUUUCUUCUCGAAAUAGUAAUAGUAUUAGAGUUUUAUGAAAGGUACUUAUGCUGAAAUUUUAAAAGGCUCUAAAUAUUACAAGAUGGGACAAGAUAAAAAUGAAUCAUCAAAACAAAGCAUUUAUCGAAUACCUCCCUACCAUUAUUUGCAUGUUCUUGAUAAAACAGCAAAUGUUACUAGAAUUGAAACUGGACCCAAAACCUAUAUUCGGCAAGAAAAUGAACAUGUUAUAUUUGGUCCUGAAAAAAUGGUCAUAAUUCCUCCAUGUCAUUACUGUAUCAUUUGUAACCCCGUUGUUCGUGAUGAGCAGAAUGCUCUGGUGUUUGACAGUACAGGGCAAGUCAAGCUCCGACAUGCUGAUCUUGAAGUGCGCUUGGAGCAAGAUCCAUUUCCAUUAUAUCCUGGGGAACACAUGCAUACUGAUGUUACACCUAUGAUAGUUGUCUCCUCUAAUAGUGCUUUAAGACUGAAAGCUAUUCGGGAUUUUGAAGACAAUGGUAUAAAAAGAGUUGCUGGAGAUGAGUGGUUAUUCGAGGGUCCUGGUACAUUUGUGCCUCGUAAAGAGGUAGAAGUUGUGGAAACAGCUUCUGCUAUUGUAAUAAAUCCUAAUCAAGCUUUAAAGUUACGUGCACGUGCAGAGACAAAGGACAGAGACAGUAAGCAAAGAGUAACAGGAGAAGAAUGGAUUGUUAAAAAAACAGGAGCAUAUUUACCUGGUGCUUAUGAAGAAAUAGUUGAUGUUGUUAAUGCCUAUGUUUUAACUGAUAAGGAUGCUGUUCAUGUCAAAGCUAAAAAGACAUUUGUUGAUGACUUUGGAAAAACAAGAAAAAAUGGAGAAGAAUGGUUGAUAACUAUGCAGGAUACAGAGACAUAUAUACCUGGUGUCUAUGAAGAAGUUCUGGGUAUUGUAACUGUAACAACGUUGUCCAACCGUCAGUAUUGUGUUAUACUUGAUCCUCAAGGUCCAGAUGGAAAACCCCAGUUUGGAAGGAAAAAAUUAGUUAAGGGAGAAAAAUCUUUCUUCUUACAACCUGGUGAGAAAUUAGAAGCUGGAAUUCAAGAUGUACAUGUACUAAGUGAAAAUGAAGGAUUAAUUUUGCGAGCAAGAGAAGCUUUUCAGGAUGGCACUGCAACUCCUCCUGUUAUGCGCAGUCCUGGUGACCGCUGGAUGAUUAAAGGGCCUGCUGAAUACAUUCCUCCAACUGAAGUUGAGAUAAUUACCAAAAGAUAUGCUAUUCCUCUAGAUGAAAAUGAAGGGAUAUAUGUUAGAAAUAUUAAAAGUGGUCAUGUGAGUUAAUUUUUUGCUUCUUUA